UACACUUCUUAACGCCGUCGCUCCAACCGCCUUUAUCAUCCCUCUCCACCGCAGAGCCACCACCUGCGGCCUCCUCCGACCGAACAAGCAAGAAACCAAUAAGCUCGAACUCGUUAAAGCUAUCAAAUGGAGGCCAAAGAAAAUCCCUCUAUUCAGGUGGACAAUGAGGAUACCAACAAGAUUAUAAUGCCAGAAAAGGAAAAAAACAAGAAUCAGAAGAAGCAAAAGAAAGAUCAGGUGCCUGGAAAGCUUAGAGCUAUAUCAAAUCCUAAAUUAGGUAAGUCCCAGAAAAGAAAAUUGAGGAGGCUUGAGGAGGAGAAGGAGAAGGCCUCUCUUUGGUCGCAAAGCAUCGAGACCCUAGAGAAGUACAAAAUAAGAGAUGAUGUCUAUUCACUUAUGUGGUCUUCACGAAACUUGGGCCAGGUUGAAACUGUGCGUGAGAAACGCCAAAGGGAGGUGCAGUUUUCUAAAGCUGGUUUAGAAUUGCCACAUGCUGUUCAACCUUUCAAGAAGAGGACCAUCAAUGAUUCUGCUUGUGAGAUCGAGCAUUGUUCUGAUAGAAUACAAGUUGCUUACAGCAAUGAAUCAGCUAAAGAUAAAGAAGAAGCGCUAAAUGCCAUUUCUAUCUCCUCACCAUCAUCUGAAGGACUAACUGUCAGAAAUGAAGUUGGUACCUUUACUGGAGAUGCUGAGGUUAUGGUUAAGAAAGUACCCCAUGACAAUAUCACGUUGGCAUCUCCACAAUCAGUGCAGAAGUGCCCAUUCAAAUGCAAUUCUGAUGAUAAGGAUAUCAAAAAGUUAAAAGAUAAGGUUGAUGAAGAUCCAGAAGUCAAAUCUAAGAAUAAGAGCAUUUUAGCUAACUCACCUCCAGAAGGACCUAUUACUGCCCUGGAUGGAGUGGAUGUGUUCAGGAGGAAAGAGGAUGAAGCACAGAAAAAUAGUCUUAACUGUUCCAGUUCCAGACCUUUUGCUAACUCUCCCCAAGAAAGGGCUUUGGUUGCCCCAAUGGUGGUGCAUGUAUCUAGAUCAAAGAAUGUUGAGAACCAAAGAAAGAAUCUUCCUAUUGUCAUGAUGGAGCAGGAGAUAAUGGAAGCUAUAAAUGAGAAUAUGAGUGUCAUAAUUUGUGGUGAGACUGGUUGUGGCAAAACCACUCAAGUUCCGCAGUUUCUCUAUGAAGCUGGUUUUGGUUCGAAGCAUUCUAAUACUCAAGGUGGAAUAAUUGGUGUGACACAACCACGCCGAGUUGCAGUCCUUGCAACUGCAAAGCGAGUGGCAUUUGAGCUUGGCCUUCGUCUGGGCAAGGAGGUUGGGUUUCAAGUCAGGCAUGACAAAAGGGUUGGGGAGAAUUGCUCCAUUAAGUUUAUGACUGAUGGAAUUUUACUUCGGGAAGUCCAGAGUGAUUUUUUACUGAAACGCUAUUCUAUCAUUAUACUAGAUGAGGCUCAUGAGAGAAGCUUGAACACUGAUAUACUCAUAGGAAUGCUUUCUCGUGUUAUACGAGAGCGGCAGAGAGAAUUUGAGGAGCAGGAGAAGAAGGUUGUUUCAGGAGAAUAUAUAAAGCCGGAAAAUAGGAUAUACCCAUUGAAAUUAGUUUUGAUGAGUGCUACUUUGCGGGUUGAGGACUUUGUUUCUGGCAAACGAAUUUUUCAUGUUCCUCCACCUGUAAUAGAAGUCCCAACUAGACAAUAUCCAGUUACUAUACACUUCUCCAAGAGAACUGAAGUCAUAGAUUAUGUCAGCCAAGCGUAUAAAAAGGUCUUGUCAAUUCACAAGAGGCUGCCACCUGGUGGGAUACUUGUAUUUGUGACUGGGCAGAGGGAGGUGGAGUACCUUUGUCGGAAGUUGCGUAAAGCAUCUAAGGAGAUAGUUGAUAAAGUUUCUAAAGUAAAAAAUGAUUCGACUUCAGUGUCUGGUGAGAAUCCAGGAGAGUUAAAUGACAUGAAGGAGAUAAAUGAAGCAUUCGAAGGUCAUGACGAUUCCGGACAUGACAUAACAGACCGUUUCAGUUCUUAUGAGGAGGAUCAUGAGGAUGUGUCUGAUAAUGAAUCAGAUUCGUCCCAUGAUUCGGAAGAUGACAGUGAUUUGGAAUUCUCCAAUCAAGAUGAGAAUUUGUUCAAUCAGGAGUCUAUGGAGUCUGACAGUCAGCUUGCAAAUACUCUACAAAAGAAUGGAAGCCUUGCUUCAUUGAAGGCAGCCUUUGAAGCUUUGGCCGGAAAAAGAACUUUUGACCCCGACUUGGAGGGACAAAAGACGAGUUCGGUUGCACCACAAGGAGGUGUAGAUGAAUCUGGUUCCACAACAGGAAAUACAGGGAAAAUAACAAACGAUCCUGUUGCUGGUCCAAUAUCUGUUCUGCCUCUUUAUGCAAUGCUUCCAGCAUCUGCACAGCUUCGGGUAUUUGAAGCAGUCAAGGAAGGUGAACGCCUGGUCGUUGUUGCCACUAACGUAGCUGAAACCUCUUUGACAAUCCCAGGUAUUAAGUAUGUUGUUGACACUGGAAGAGAAAAAGUAAAGAAGUAUAACUCUUCAAAUGGCAUGGAAGCAUAUGAAAUACAGUGGAUUAGUAAGGCUUCUGCUGCUCAGCGUGCUGGAAGAGCAGGAAGAACAGGGCCUGGGCACUGUUACCGCCUUUAUUCUUCUGCUGUCUUUAGUAACAUAUUUCCUGACUUCUCAUCUGCUGAAAUCUCAAAGGUGCCUGUUGAUGGGGUUGUCCUCCUUAUGAAAUCAAUGCAUAUUGGCAAGGUUGCAAACUUUCCUUUUCCAACUCCUCCGGAAGCCACGGCCAUAGCUGAAGCAGAGCGUUGCCUGAAGGUGCUUGAAGCUCUUGACAACAAAGGGCGGAUGACUAGUAUGGGGAAAGCAAUGGCACGAUUUCCUAUGAGUCCUCGGCACUCCCGAAUGCUCCUAACGGUAAUUCAGAUCAUGCGAAAUGUGAAUGACUAUGCCCGGGCAAAUUUAGUUCUGGGUUAUGCGGUUGCAGCUGCUGCUGCUUUGAGCCUAUCAAACCCUUUCAGCAUGCAAUUUGGAGGAAACCACACUGAUGGGGAUGAAUUUAAACAGGGUGAGAAGGCAGGCACUAGAGAAAAUGGAAAAAUUUUAGACAGGGAAGAAAAACAGCGGAAAAAGAAAAUGAAAGAGGCUGCCAAGGAUUCUCGUGCUAAGUUUUCUAACCCUACCAGUGAUGUUUUGACCACAGCUUAUGCUCUACAAUGUUUCGAAUUGUCAGCAAAUCCAGUUGACUUUUGCUGUGAUAAUUUCUUGCACUUAAAGACGAUGGAGGAAAUGUCCAAGCUGAGGAAGCAGCUUCUUCACUUAGUAUUUAGCUCAAAUUCCUCAGAUUUGCAGCAUGAUUUUGUCUGGAUUCAUGGGGGAGUAGAUGAUGUAGAAGGCGCUUGGAGGGUUUCUUCAGGGAAAAAUCCUCUGUUUCUGAAUGAAGAGGAAAUUAUAGGCCAAGCUAUCUGUGCAGGUUGGGCUGAUAGAGUUGCUAAACGGACUAGAAGUGCUUCAGGAUUAUCAGAUGGAGAUAGAAAAGUCAAUGCCGUUCGCUAUCAAGCUUGCAUGGUAAAAGAAAGAGUUUUCCUCCACCGUUGGUCAUCUGUUUCCAAGUCCGCACCUGAAUUCUUGGUGUACAGUGAAUUACUGCAUACCAAGAGGCCAUAUAUUCAUGGGGCCACUUGUGUGAAAUCAGAAUGGCUUGUAAAAUAUGCUCAUUCCUUGUGCAGUUUUUCUGCACCUCAUUCAGAUCCAAAACCAUAUUAUGACCCUCAAACUGACCUAGUUUUCAAUUGGGUCACUCCAAUUUUCGGUCCUCAUCUAUGGCAGCUUCCACUUCACGGUUCACCCAUCAAAGAUGAUAUGGAUCGGGUGGCUGUAUUUGCCUUUUCUUUGCUUGACGGCCAAGUUUUGCCAUGCCUAAAGUCUGUCCGGAAAUUCAUGGCUGCACCUCCAGCUAGCAUAUUGAGACCAGAGGCAUCAGGUGUUAAACGAGUGGGAAAUCUGUUGAGUAAAUUAAAGAGCGGAAGAAGAGUAAUUGACAGUCGUUCUAUGUUAAGACAAGUGUGGAAAGAUAAACGUAUGGAAUUGUUUUCAGAAUUGCAGGAUUGGUUCCAGGAAGGAUUUCAUGACCAAUUUGAAGAGCUUUGGAAAGAAAUGCAGCGUGAAGUUCUCUUAGAUCCCAAUGACCGCUUGAGAAAGUUAAAAAAAGCAAAUAGGAGAGUAUAGUCUCCUCUGACUUCUGAUACUGAAGAGAUUCCAAUGAGGAGAUGUUUAUGAUCUUUACAUCUUCUGGAUGAGCGGAGCAUCUUAUGCCUGCUGUUAUAUGAUUUGCUACCAUGCUAGAUUGUUAAGAGGAUUGCAUAAGCUUGCAAGAAUAUGCUGGAAGACUCCCAAAUCUUUUGAUCUGGUUCAGUAAAAGGUGGCGAGAUUGACACUCAGUCAGCUAAAGCGCUAUGUUCUUCUUGCAGCCAAUACAACCGCUGCUUAAUUUGCACGAGAUACAGAGACCAUAACUACUGGCAAUCUUUAGGGGAUGGCAUUCGCCAAUACCCGUUGCUGUCCUCAACCGGGGAGUCAUCAGGCUGCCCAAACAAAAGGACUGUCUUUGGUUGAGAGUGCAUUCUGUCAUGUCCAGUUACAGGGAUUUUGUCUGAUGACCAGAUGUUGUUAGGAGGGAAAUGAAAUGUCGAACAUCUCUUUGGUGUUAUGAACAAUAGAGAUAAUUAUGAUUUUCAUUUGAAUUAGACAAAGCAAGAAAUUUGAUUUUGAAGAUUAAAUUACAAAAGUCUUGAGAUUUUAGUUCUUAAAUUUCGAACUCUGAAUGGUUUUCCAAUUCUGGUCUGUACUGAACCGUUUUAUCAAGCAGAAUUGGAUGUUCAA